GUCAAGCUCGUCUUGGAACAUCGGUGGUUCUCAUGGAUUCCGCCGAAACAAACUUGGGCUCAUUGGAAGCCGGCGAUUAGGACAGCGGUAGCGGCAUGGCUCGGUCUUUUAUUCAUGCUCAUCUUACCCGUCGAACGGGCUUUGGGCAAUGCUGUUUACUUUAUCCUAAUGAUCUCCUUUCUCAUACCCGCUUCUCAAACCGUCGUCGAGACUCUCGAGAGCUGGACUUAUGUCGCUUUCUUUGCGGCUUUGUCUUGGGGUUGGUUGGCUCUGGGAAUCUUCAUCGCAUACACCGUACGCGACCCCGUGGACGCAGGUCGCUUGGCUACCGCCCAAAAGAGAUAUGCUUAUCUGAAGGAUAACGAACCUUUGUACCAAACCAUGAUUAUCAACGAUGGGACAUAUAUUCAAGCCAAGUCCGCCGUUGUCCUAGCCGUCUUUCUCGCCGUUGGCUCGGGCGUCCUACUCUGGGUGAAGAUGCGUACUCAACCCGGUCCAAUGACCUACCCUCUAGUGAUUGCUUGCGUCCUCCUCGACGUUGCUUUGACGCUCGCCAAUUUCCAACCUGGUCCCGCAUACACACUCGGUUUCCUAUUCUUCAAGCCGAUGGUGGUUCAAGGUGGCCUCAGCGUUCUCAGUAGCAUACUCAUCUUCCCGCAAUCUAUCAGCUCUCUCUUCAAAACGACCGUUCCGAAGACCUUGGAUCCUCUCAUACAUGCCUUGGGAUCCGCCGAACGACUUUUCACUCGUGCUGGCGACACCACCCUACUUUCCGAUUAUCCGUCCCUCAAAUUGAGAUCGCAGGCAUGGGCGGAAGAAAGCGCAGGUAUCAGAGAUGGAUUGAAUGACAGUCUCUCGGGGAUCGCUCCACUUUCACAACAACAGAAGUAUCUCCCACUUGAUAUCAGUUACGGUCGUCUUUCAAGCCAAGAUCUAAGACAGCUUUACACACUUCUUGUCUCCACUCAGACACGUUCCAGUGGUCUUGCCUUCUUCUUCGAUAUGGUCUUCCACAAUGCUAAACAUAGUCACAUUGACUCUUCUGCCUACUCUGUAUAUCAAGCUGCCCGAAGCGGCCCCGCGUCACGCGAUCCUUCCAUACACUUUAGCUCGGCGUCGGCUUUGGGUGACGUCGGAGCUGACAACGAAAGCGCACAACAGACACCAAGCUCAAACACCAAGCUCAGGGCCGAUGUGGGGAAUCUGCUGGCACCGAACUGGUUCCGUAGGACCGGGUCAUCAACGCAAACUCAAAGGUUGCCCAAAACGGAUAGCCGGACUUCCUUGCGGGACUACUUGAACAGUCAGCAAACGCCGGUCGGCGUCUAUGAGAGUCAACGUUAUGUUGAUAUAGAGCGUCUCUUCGCCGACCAUGGUAAAGGUCUACCAGAGCAUCUUGAACGCAUCUCAGUUGUCAGCUUACCCCUGGUCAUCGCGAGUCGAGAAGCGCUCGUUAAAGCUCGCGAUUGGAUUUUGCAUGUUGACCGUCUGCACGAGGUCGCUCCUGGUAUCACAGAACCAAAUAAGCUUUUGGGUGGAGUGAUCUCUACGUUGGAUAAAGCCCUCGAAGAAUUUCGCGAGACCCGUCGUGAAGUAGUACGACCUUUUCAACAUCUAUUCGAUCCCAUUUAUCGGGGUACCUUAAAACACUACCGUGCCCUUUAUCAGAACUUUGUUGCUCAAUAUCACCUUAUACAAUUUACUGAGUCCAUCGUUGUACUCCUUCGAAAGAUGGAGGACCUGGAAGUAGCCCGCCCACGCAAAAAGAUUUGGUAUCCUCGUCCAUCGGAUUGGCUGAGGCAUUAUUGGGAUAUCAACCAUCGUGAACGUGCCUCGGAGCAAGGUGGAGCUAGGGAGGAUGAAUCUGUGACCGCGCGUGAAGCUGUAGAAGGGAUACUCGGAGAAGCGAUCGCACGACAACCAGAGUACGAUCCAUUCAGGAAUCCCACUCUGCGGAGGUUGUCAACACUUUCAGCUCUCAUCGAUCCGCUUUUUAGCCGAAGCUUCAUGUAUGCCAUUAAAGCCGUUGUUUUGACAGGAGUCGCGUCCUUACCCAAUUGGUUCUCUGCCACAGCACCCUGGUAUCAGAGACAGAGGGCAAUAUGGUCUUUUUGCACUUACCGAUCCGCAGCCUUUGCAGUAUAUGCGGGAGACACGACCGCGGCAUGGGUAGCACGAUGUAUCAGCUCCUUCUGGGGCUGCUUGAUCGGCUUGGUUGUCUGGUACAUCGGUAACGGUUCGGGGCGUGGUAACCCAUAUGGUCUGGGUGCUAUAUGUGCUGUUGUCUUUCCCUUUCUGUCAUUCUUCCGAGUGCACUUUCCCGGCUCGGUCACCAUUGCUUUCUUGACGCCUAUAUCUUUCGGCAUAGUCAUCGGAUAUUCUUGGUUUGAAGGUUCUAUCGGUAUCAGAUCAUCGGCUGCACCUGGAUGGUCUACCGCCUGGCAUCGUUUCGUUGAUGUUGUGGUAGGCGUGACAGCGGCCUGGAUCUUUGCUUACAUCCCACCUGCCUUCUCAAGCAAAAGAGCCAUUCGUUACACAUACGCCCGUUCGAUCUCCGCCGCUGGAUCUAUCUUCUGUGACGUAUUAUCAGAGGCGAAUGGUCUUCAGGGUACAAGGGUGGAGAACAAAGAGUUGCAAGCCAAGAUCUUGGUCUGGCGGACCAAACUGAGUAAGCUUGGAGGGCAGCAUAACAAUGCAGCUUUCGAGUAUUCUCUCCGUGGACGAUGGCCGGAGGAACGUUACAAAAGGUCAUGGUUGACGAUGUUGGCACUGUUGUUGGCUGUAGAAGAACUUUUGGGUCUGUUAUCGCAGCUUCAUCACGUCUUGUGUCAGAUGGAACGGCCAUGGCGAAAAGCGUUGCUGGCUCGGACAAAGCUAUCAGAGCUCUUGUUUCUAGGCGACAUCCUAGCCGUCGUCAGCAUGUGUUCCACAUCGCUUCGGGCCGGUUUUGCUCUCCCACAGAUCACCCCCGCGCCUCUGAUUGAACGAUUUCGCAAGGGCGAGGUGCAGGGAUGGAAUCUGCCUAGUGGAUAUGAAGAUGAAGGGGUACCUUCGAUCGUGACGCCCGAAGUGCUCGAAUCAGACGAUUAUAUGAGAUACGCUCUGGGAGUGGUAACGGUGUUUGCCAUCCUGGGACGAUUGGACAGGAUAGUGGUCAUCUGCAAGACACUCCUUGGGGAAAGCUAUCACAUUUCAGGGUUGCAUCUCGAGCAACAUUAGGAGAUGAGUUGGGGGGUUAUGGUGGGGAAAAGGUCUGGAACGGACAAAGGACCUCCUUUACCUCUUUGGGACGAGGCUCGGCCAUGGUCUUUUGACCUUCGCUUGUCCCCGCUCGCGACUAUGUUAUCAUCAUUCAUCAUCAUCACAAUCACACAAAUUCCAUUGCUACCCCUUCAUCUCAAAAUCGUACUCACUCAUCUCUUGGCCACCACCUUUCAUCUCGACUCACUCUCUAUAUCGAUCAUGAUACCCACUACUCGUACACAUCUUCUACCACCCUUGCACGCUCCACUCUCUUUAACAAAUGGCGGUCUCGCCUCCGUACCCUUCCCAUAACUCGACCACCCGUGCUUUGUCGCAUUUGCCUUGAGAACAUUCCACCAGCCUGCCUCCUUUAUGUCUCAUCGUGCUCGCGACCCCUUCGAAGACCGACGAUCACUCCUUUGAUAUCCUCAAACGGGCGGCCGC